AUGGCCUCCGCGCCAUCGCCCGCCCCGUCCCCCGCGAAGCCCACCAAGCAAGUCCGCCACAUCGCCAACCCACGCCGACUGCUCAUCCUCUCGCCAACCUCGCAAUCCGUCUCAGUCAUCCCACCACUCCUACACUCCCUAACCGGCGUGCCUGUCCAAGAUCCUCCUCAAAAGCAGACCUCCUCAUCCUCCACUGCCGACUCCUCAACCCCGCCACCACCUAGCACCGACGCCACAACCACCACCUUCGCGGGAUAUACAACGCACAGCCCACUCAAAAUCCAAUCAAAGUACUACACCGCUGAAAUACCCGUCUGGGUCGAUGAGAUCCCAAUCGCAACAGAAGCACCAGGUACUGUCGCCACAGACACAACCCCUCCCACGGCUGAGCAGUGGCGCACCGAGUUCCUAAGCGCAGAAGCCGAGAUCGUCCGCGAAGCUGUCGGCGCGUUAGUGGUUUGCGUGCGCAGUCCGCGCGAUACCCCGUCCGAACCACAACCCGACACAGAUGGGAAUGAUGAUCCGGCGGAGCGCAAAGAUGUGCGCGCGUUGAGGGACUUGAUGCGCGGCGUUGGCGCUGUCAAAGAGCGCAUUGAUGAAGAGCGCGGUGGGAUUGGUGAUGUGCCUGGUGUUUUUGUGUUGGUUGGUUCGAGACAGAGGGCCUUGAAGGUGGCGCAGACUGCUGAUCCUUCUGAUGAUCUGGGCCUACGGGAUGACGAGGAUGAGCUGAGAGAUGGGGGUGAUGAUGAUGCCCCGUUCUCAGUUGGGUGGUGGGAAGACCAGCUGUUUGAUAUGGGGUUGUUGGGAUGGGAGGUUGUCGAGUGGGAUCCGCGAGAGCAAAAUCUGGAGCCGACGAGGAAUCGCUUUGGAGAGUACGAGGGCAUGCCUCGCAUCAAGGAAGUCCUUGAGACACACGACUGGACGUCCUCGGUGGAUGCGCCUGAUCCAGACGCCGAAGUUGAUCUGGACUUUGACGACGAUGAAUUCGGUCCGACAGUCGGGUUUGAUAAUGAAGUCCAUGAACUGGAGCGUGAGAUGUUUGGUCUCCGGAUGGCAAUUGAGCGAGGCGGCGGAGACGGAGAUGCAGACGAAAAUGAGCUUGACCACGAAGAUGAGCAUGGUGAGAUCAAGGUUGAAUCUAUGGAGGCGCUGAUGAUGCGCAUGAGAGCUAUCCGGGAUAUGAGCUCCGAUCUACCGGAGCACGAGCGAAAGCGAUUCGCUGCGAAGGCUGUGCAGGAUAUCAUGCGGGAACUAUGA